AUGAGUGCCGUGGAGGUUGAGGCUUGUGUUGCAAUCCUAGAGGACCAUUUUGGACCACUGGUAUCUUACGUUGGAAAAGUGCUGCUCGGUGAAGCGGCAGUGUUAUCGAUCCUGUAUCAGAGAGUGCGUGGAACACUUGAUUUCGUGGAAUUGAAGCGGGCACUGAUUAUUCUUGCGCAGCACGGGAUUUUGCGAUUCGCCCAGGAUGAACGACAACGGGUAAUCUAUUCGACACAAACCAUUGAUGUUUUGCGAUUGUUAAGAGCUGCACGCUGUUCAUUUGUUGCAAAAACACUGUACGGAGAGAUUGCGGAGACCAUCUGUGAGGAACUGGUCAGCCAGGGUCGAUUGACGUGUUCAUCGUGUAUCAGGCGUGUUGCUGCUCGAUUGGAAGUGGACAUUGUCCAGGUGAAAAAUAUAUUUGCAAGACUUGCUGAAACACAGUUUGUGAUGAGAUGUCCCAAAGUUGAGAGCAAAUUUUGCGGAUGUCCUGUAUUUGUGCAGCACGUAGAUCCAUUUAUGGUGCCAGAUGCCAUAUUAGAAGCUGGAAAAAAAGAAAGAGUGAGUUUCCUGCAGAAGCACUUUACAUGCAUUCUUUUUCCAGACAGUCAAUCUCGAAAACGAAAACAUUCCGAGGAUCCGGAUGCUGAUAUCUACUGGUGCGUUAAUUUUUUGCGUUUUGAACGGUAUUUGCGUGAUGAAAUGGUCGUCAUGGCUUAUAAAUCUGGUGAUGCUUGCCAUGAAAACUGCAUCAAGGUGCUGCAGCUUUUACUGAAAGUAGCCGAACUGAAAGCUGAUUCAUCAGCCGCGUCAUCUUCUCCCAUAUCUAUCCAUGACGUUGUGCGAACUUCCAGUGCGAACAAUAUGGGCUUAGAGAAACAUGAUAUCAAGACAGCACUGCAGCUGCUUUGUGAAAGUAGCUGCAUUGUAAGAAAAGUGGGCGAAAGUUGUGGAGGCCUUUUUGUUAUCGAUUUCGAAAAAGCCAUAACUCUUCACUGUCAGAGGCAUAUUGAAUCAGCAAUUCGAGAAAAACUUGAUUUAAGAGCCGUGCGUGUCUUUCGUCUUCUCACCCAAAAGGGUUUUCUGGAGGAAGAUCACAUUGAAAAAUUAGCGAUGCUGUCGACAAAGGAGGCGCGUGAGCUGUGUUAUAAUUUGUUGGAGAAAGAGUUUGUUUUAAUGAAGCACGUGGCGAAAACGAAUGAUUUCGCACCGGCCCGUACAAUUUAUCUUUAUUAUGUUGAUCUCAGCGUUGUAGCGCACAAUUUAUACGUUUCAACUUGUAAGAUAAGUGAAGUGGAGGAGAUGUAUCUUACUCCUUCUGAUCGUGCUACCCUCGAGAAAUACCGGAAAGGACAGUUGGCACUAAUGUCCGCAGAGAUCGAGCUUGACCAUGAUUUACUCCUUUACAGUUUAUUCUUGAAGUUUGCGCGACGGAAACUUUGA